ACCACAAUCACCAGUAGCUUGUUGCGAGAAUUGCGAAUGAUAUAACAAUUCAUGGCCUCUGCAAGACCAUCAUUUCCUUCCUCGAGAGAGACAACUAAUUAUGCCCGGAUGUGCAGGCUUCUGGUGGAUGCUGGAAGACAUGUCUUGAGUGAUGUAUUUGACACGAAACGUCCUCCAGGGCAACUACACGUGUUUUUGUCAAUUCCUGCAGUUCACUCAACACUAGCUAGACUUAAAAAGAGGGGAGUUCUUAAUCCUUCUCAAUGGGCAAAAUUAUAUCCUGCGAUCAGAUCCUCAGCUUCAUCGGCCAAUUUCGACAUCACCCUACUAACGCUUCUGCUUAGAAAUACUUGUAAUCUUGUUCCUCCGCCUACUGGCUGGAAUGCGUUUCCUCCAGCAGCAGACACAUCCCUUGUGGCAGAUAUCAUUCGUAUUAGGUGCUACAGAAACGAAGUUUAUGGUCAUGCCGAAAAGGCUUCAUUUAAUGACGCAGUAUUCAUUCAGUACUGGCAGGACAUCAAAGAGGCUCUGGUACGAUUGGGAGGAAGUCGUUACCGAACUGCCAUCGAUGAACUCCUGAAUGAAUCUAUGGACCCAGAUGUUGAAGAAUAUUACCAAGAUCUUCUUAAACAGUGGGUUAUGGAGGAGCUCAUCAUUAAGGAAUCUUUAGAUAAGGUCCUUCAGAAGCUCGAUCAACUGAAACUUUCUGUUGAGAGUAAGCAAGCAGUGACCUAUCAUCAUGCUACGGGUUCUAAUGCGUACUACUUCAGUGGGGAUAGUCCAUCUAUUACCUUUCGAAAUGUUGGCAACCCUAGUCGUUUGUUUCAGGCUGAAAGAGGUCUUCCAGAACCAGGUCGCAGAAUCCAAGAUUAUUCCGAAGAAAACGAGUCCGUUGAUUGAAAGAUAAAAGACUCUACAGGAUCGGAAUAGCCAGCGAUCUCUCUCCCUAAAACAGCUGUUGUCAAUUUAUAAUGCUACUUAGAAUAGGCUUAUGUAAUCAUUUAAUCCUAAACAUAUAUAAUAAUCUUUGUUGGGUAUCAGUGAUAUCAUGUCCUUAAGAAUGUUAAGGGGCAUAGCUAGAAAAGAGGGGGUGGGGGUCCUGAGGUGGCCGUGACCCCCUCACCCUCUGUAUGAGCCUUUUUUGAUAAAAAAAAAAACUUACAAUAUUCAAGUGGCGAAAACGCUAAGACGAUAUCUAGGCCGAAAAAGCUAUUGUCGAAACGCCCACUUUUUUGAAAUUUUUUAUGUAUUAAGUGUUUUUACCAAUGGGGACCUUCAAUAUGGGUCUUGUAUUUUGUCAAUACGGGCCUUUGCGCCGCAUCAAUGCGAGCCCACUGAUACACAAGGGAGAGCAGCGGUAUAAGCCAUAUACAGUUAACGAUCCCUGGAUGGUUUCCCUUCUUAACAUGCGGAUUUUCAGCUUGAAAAUGUCGAAACAGACGAAAGUUUUCAGAGUAGUGAGGAGAGGUAAGCUAAGCCUUGGCAAAUUGUAUCAAUUCUGUAGUCGUUUUCUUUUUUCAUGGCCCGCUUCCCAUCGCUUUAGACAUCUCUCCUAAAAUAAAAAGUAAAUCAUUAUUGUCAAAUUUACCUUUUUUGUUCGGCAACACUUCUAAAGAUUCAUUUUUCGACAUCAACUUCCAAUCAGUUUAUUAAUGUUUGUCUUGCUGCGUAACUGAAAAAGGGCAAUUUCAUGAGUUUCUAGAGGUGCUUUUUCUAAAUGCAAACUAAAUUGCUUAAAGUGCACCUAAACCUCAAUUUUUUUCGCUU